UCGAGUGAUAACAUUAGUGUAUAUAAAUAAAUAUAUUAGUAAAUAGCUUACAUAAAUAAAUUGAAGAGAGUUUCGAAGAGUCAGUUCUCUGUCAACAGCGACAAUGAUCUUUUCGAAAAAUAGUUUAUGCUAUAUUGCAACUUUUGCCGUGAUUAUUUUAAUUAUCAAUAAUGAAAUUAGUCAAGUUCAAGCUCGAGGAUUUUCUAGAAGUUUUGGAAGAUCUCGAGUAGGUUCAAGUUGGUUUGGUGGGUCACGUUCUAGUGGUGGUUCUCGUUCAAGUGGUGGUUCGCGUUCAAGUGGUGGUUCACGUUCGAGCGGAAGUUCAUAUUCACGUCCACCACCAGCAUAUAGUCCUCCAGUUUAUAAACCUUCACCACCGGCAUACAGUCCCCCAGUUUACAAACCUUCGCCACCAGUAUACAGUCCACCGGCUACUCAUAAUGCUCCAGUAAAUCGUCCAGGACCUUCAGCACCAGUUAUUCCUAAAGCUCCCCCGUCAGCUCCGUCAAAUCCCAAAGACAGCAGUGGCAUGUUAAUUAAUCAUGAGAGCAGAGGUACUUCUCAUCCAAGUACAAAACCACUUGGCAAUUCGAAUUCAGAGACUAUUAACAAAGUCAAUGUACCACCAUCUCAUAACGCACCGUCAGGAACAGCAACAAAUUAUCCCCCUUGGGCAAACCCAUCGUUAAAACCUUCAGGUCCACCUCCACCACCAGUGACUCCAAAUUUAUCAAAACCUCCAGCUCCUUAUCCCCCUGCAUCAAAUCCAAUCAAACCUUCAACGGGACCUCAACCACAACCGAUAGUUCCAAAAGUUGUAUCGCCAAAUUCAUCAAAACCACCAGCUCCCUAUCCAACAGGUCACCCUGUCGACAUGCCUCGACCAAGCGCUCCCAUUGGUUUCAACCCAAACUCAAAUCCCAUUGCGCCCCCGCAUCAGGCUCCUAAAUUAGGAAGUACUUCUAGUCAUCCAAGUUAUACGACAAAUAAUUACCAUCCGCCUCCAGUCUACGGAUCACCUUCCGGAAGUUAUGGAGGAUACGGUCCACCUCCUCCAUAUUCAGGUCCUGGUUAUCACCCACUAGCGGGACAACCUCAUAAUUAUCAUCCAGCGGCUCCAGGUCAGCCGACUUAUUUACAUCCCCCGGCUUACGGUGGCGUGAGUUCUCAGCCUUUUGUACCCGGGCAAAGUGUCAUUGUGCUACCGGGUAAAUCAAGCAGCCCUGGACUAGGACAAAUGGUCAAAGAAGCGCUAGUUUAUUCAACUAUUAAUGCUGGAGUAAACGCUGGUGUCAACAGACUCAUCUACGGAGCACCACCGCAUUAUCAUAACUACGGAGCACCACCGCAAUAUCAUAACUACGGUGCUGAUACUCGUUACCCUGGAUCUCAGUCAUCAGUUACCAAUAAUACCACCAUCAUUUACAAUAAUGGUGUACCAGUCACCGGACAAAUGGGCGGAAGCCCCAAUCCAGGCACUUAUGUUCCAAAUUAUUCAACUAAUCAACCAAAUUACGGUCCCAGUGUUCCUCCUACGCCUAAUGAUCCAGGUAACAUUUAUCUGAACACACCCAGUAGUCCAGGAAGUAGCAACAAUAAUAAUAAUCUUCCUGUAAACUUCUCACCGAAAUUUGGUGGAUCCGGUAACUCAACAUAUGUACAAAAUAAUUCAACUGUUCCUACUAAUUUUUCAAACAACUUGUAUCCGAAUCUCGGUAAUUUUUCGGAAAAUUCGAACACUACGCAGAAUAAUUUAAAUGUUACUCCAACUCCAGUGAUACCGGAAAUAGAAUACUACGUUACUGAUAAUGAACUGUUAAAUUUGACUGAGCAUCUAUUCAUGAAAGAUAAAAUGAAUAAAUUACCAAAGACUUACGUUCUUAAUUUCCAAAAAAAAAUAUCUAACUAUUCAAAUGUAAUUGACGAAACAAACCAACCAUUGAUGUAUGUCAAUAAAGAAACCUACGCAUAUAAGACAGUCGAAUUGAUUCGCGAGCUCUAUGAUAAUUAUCAGAUAAAUUCAACAAACAAGGAAAAUACAACGAAAGUUACAAGAAAAAUGGAAAACACUUUUAUAAAUGCAAUCUCUGAUACAGAAGUUAUGAAAUCGACUAUGAAAUGGUUGCAAGAAAAAUAUUAUGUAGAUCCAGAUGAUUACGAGGUCAGGGAUACGUUGCGUCAUAUCUGGUUCAGUAGAAUUGAUAAAUCAACGUCUGGAUUUGAGAGAAUUUUUAUGGCCGAGUUGUACGAAGGCCCUACGGUAAUUGGCGGUCAAAAUUGGAUCUAUUAUGAUUAUCAAGAGUACCAAAAAAAUUUUAAUUAUUUUUCAUUUGUUGAUAAAAUUGAUCUGAGCGCUAAUGCAGCCAUUGUCAAAAUUAAUAUGGAAUUAUUUGGUAUAGUGAAGCCUAAUGUUACAAUGUUGGUUGGAACUUCACCGGAGUUAGAAAUGGCACUAUAUACUAUUUGCUUCUAUGCUCGACCGAAUGAUAUUUGUCCUGUAUCUUUAGGUGGAAUCGUAUUUAAUUUAUACACUCACAAUUUCCAUUAUUUCGGUAAAGAUUUGAUAGAUCUUGGUCUUACUAUAUUUUAAAUAUCAUGACUGUGAAAUAUCUGCGCCAGGGUACAAAUACCAAUAAAAUAUUCACAUAAACUGAAAAAA